AUGGGUCGCCUCCGCCGAGGCUGCUCCGUGGUGGCCGCAGCGCGCGCGCGGCCCACACUCGCCUCUCUUCGGCACCCCGGCCCUGGCGCUGCCUGGAGGCUGCCGCACUCGGGGAUCUUGGCUCAAGUAGCAGUGUCCACGCUGCCUGUUGAAGAUGAGGAGUCCUCAGAGAGCAGGAUGGUGGUGACGUUCCUCAUGUCUGCUCUUGAGUCCAUGUGUAAAGAACUGGCCAAGUCCAAGGCAGAAGUGGCCUGCAUUGCAGUAUAUGAAACAGAUGUGUUUGUUGUUGGAACCGAAAGAGGACGUGCUUUUGUCAAUACCAGAAAGGAUUUUCAAAAAGAUUUCGUAAAAUACUGUGUUGAAGAAGAAGAAAAGGCUGCAGAGAUGCAUAAAAUGAAAUCUACAACCCAGGCGAAUGUGAAUGUAGAUGCUGUAGAGAUUGAAACACUCAGAAAAACAGUUGAGGACUAUUUCUGCUUUUGCUAUGGGAAAGCUUUAGGCGAAUCCACAGUGGUACCCAUUCCGUAUGAGAAGAUGCUAGGAGACCAGGGGGCUGUGGUAGUGCAGGGGCUUCCGGAAGGAGUUACCUUUAAACACCCUGAGAAUUAUGAUCUUGCAACCCUGAAAUGGAUUUUGGAGAACAAAGCAGGGAUUUCAUUUAUCAUUAAGACUUUCCUAGAGCCAAAGAAGCACCUUGGUGGUCGUGUGAUGGUAACAGAUGCUGAAAGGUCAAUACUAUCCCAAGGCGGAAGUUGUGGCCCCAUCAAAGUGAAAAAUGAACCCACAGAGGAUUCUGGCAUUUCCCUGGAAAUGGCAGCUGUGACAGUAAAGGAAGAAUCAGAAGAUCCUGAUUACUAUCAAUAUAAUAUUCAAGGAAUCCAUCAUUCUUCAGAGGGCAAUGAAGGAACAGAAAUGGAAGUACCAGCAGAAGAUUCUACUCAACAAGUCCCUUCAGAAACAAGUGAGGACCCUGAAGUUGAGGUGACUAUUGAAGGAAAAAUAAAUUCAUCACCCAAUGUUAAUACCACUGCAUCAGGCGUUGAAGAUCUUAACAUCAUUCAGGUGACAAUUCCAGAUGAUGAUAAUGAAAGACUGUCAAAAGUUGAAAAAGCUAGACAGCUAAGAGAACAAGUGAAUGACCUCUUCAGUCGAAAAUUUGGUGAAGCUAUUGGGAUGGGUUUUCCUGUGAAAGUUCCCUACAGGAAAAUCACAAUCGACCCUGGCUGUGUGGCGGUUGAUGGCAUGCCCCCUGGGGUAUCAUUCAAAGCCCCUAGUUACCUGGAAAUUAGCUCCAUGAGAAGGAUCUUAGAUUCUGCUGAGUUUAUCAAAUUCACAGUCAUUAGACCAUUUCCAGGACUUGUGAUUAAUAACCAAUUGGUUGAUCAGAAUGAGUCAGAAGGCCCAGUGAUACAAGAAUCAGCUGAGCCAAGCCAGUUGGAGGUUCCAGUGACAGAAGAAAUAAAAGAGACUGAUGGAAGCUCUCAGAUCAAGCAAGAACCAGACCCCACGUGGUAGACCUGCUCCCUCCUAGGCUUAAAGUAUCAGUGGUUGAGAAGAGCUUUUUGGACCUGUUACCGCCCCAAGCUGUGUAAUAUACUUGUAUAACAGAAAUACCUUCUAUACAAACCUUUUUUUCUACUUUUAGAUAGAAAUGUCUACUUUUUCAGCAGUUCUGUGAAUUGAACUAAAGAGCAGAGUGACUGUAGAUGGGGAAUGGCUGGUUUACUUUGGAAUGUAUUAUAAAGAUUUUACAGCAAUGCUGGGAAAAUGACAGGGAAAA